CAUAAACUCUUCGAGAACUAACCAGGUUCCCGUCGCAAUUGGAAACGCAACAUGCAAAUAUCUACAAUCCUAAGACGCAUGUUCAUUUUUGUGCUGGUAUUGCUGUAUCUUGCUGCAAUGAACGAUGUUGUCAACGCAGCGUGUUCAUCUUCAUCGAGACGUCGAAGACGUGCUAUAGGUCGAUAACAUAUUUUUCAUCGGAAUGCUACAUUGACAUAUUUACUUCUCCAGAUUUAAAUAAUUAAACAAGUGCCAUUAUUCAUUCUGUUAAGGAUUGGCAACAAUAUAUACUUUCAUCUGCAUAUAUAUAUAUAUUACUUUUAUUGCUUGGUAAAUACACCUCGGCCUAUUGAAUGUAUUUUUACUGUGUUAAAUAAACUACACACCUUGUAUCAUAUCAGACGAUAGAAAUCGCUAAUCUUUCAGGGUAUCAGGAUAGGUGUUUUAGAAAACUGCUUCAUUCUUUUUAUUUUUCGUAUAAUACAGCUUAAUAUCCUUUCAACUCGUUUUUUUUAGAUCCUCUCGCGUCAGCAUUUUGAUUCACGAAUAAGAUCGUGAAUUGAAUAAGAAUUUUAGGCGUAAAACCCGAGAGACGUCAAACAUUUUUUCACUUAUUUGACGGAAUAUUUCAUAACUUAUAGUUUUGUAUGUUGAAAAUAUGGCAUCCAUAUUUCAUUGUCAGGAAAUAGUCUUUACGUUACUAUACCGCUAAUUACGGUGUGAAUCGCAUGAUAGUGUGAUAUUGCCGCGGGUGCAGUUUAACAUAAAUACAAUCCUCUCGGGAAAUAUCAUUCACCCUUCUUGUUGAUUGGAUUGCGGUGUGCUAAAUGGUUAAUUCGCCUCAUAUCUUUUUCAUCAGUAUAAAUAUGAUUAAAUAAUUGAAUGUACACGUGUGUAUGUUUAUUUCAAUUAAAUGGACGGACAUUCCGACGCAGCGCAUCGCGUAACAUGCAACAAAUAAUUAUGUCACCUGAUCGUUGACGUAUACAAAACUAAGCAUUUAUUUAAAUACAGACAACAUUCUAUUGCAACCAUGUAACAAGCGCGGUAUGAGUAGUCUACGAAGAUACAAUAAGUGAAUAGAUUAGUCAAUUCAGAACCCACUGUUUGAUCACUACUGUUUAAAAGAAUUGUUGAUAUUGUUUGUUUUCUAAGCGCGGGUAAAUAUUUGUAUAAAAUCUUACGUUAUACCUGUCCAAUUUCAUCAUCAUAGUAAGCAAGUUUUAUUCAGAUAAACCCAUCUACCUAUUAGUCGUCAUAGAAGUUUGAAAUAGUGGAAUUCUUUUAUAGAUUUAUUGAAUGCGAUUGCUUUGGAGAGCCUGAAAGAUAAAUGUGGAAAACAGCUUAGUAAACAUAAUCAAUGAAAGAAUAUCUCUCGGUCUUCCAGUAGAGUAUACCGAUAAAUGGCCGUCAGAACAUUGGGAAGCAUUGCAAAAAGUAUAAUGUAGUUUAAGAGAAGAUUGUAGUUUCAUAUUUCUAAACAGAUAUACAUUUAUGGAGGCUAAGAAUGCUUGCCGGAAUCUAUAAAAUGAGCUUUACCAAGUGGGUGUACUGCUACUGGUUAUUGUAUACGCAACGUAAAUUGGUUACAAAAUACACAGGAGGUGCGAUACGUAUGGGAAUUGCGUUAUCAAUACGAAGUUGUGCACAUUCAUGCCAUUUAGGCCUUCUCAAGAGUCGAACACAAACUGAUACUGUUGAUUGGGGCUUGGGGUCCAGGUCUUCCGAUACGAUUUCAUUGAAAAAUCAUUUAGGAUUUAAAGCUGUCUUGAAAAAUAAAGGCAUAAAACAUUCCAAUCUAUAUAGAAGAAUGAAUUUGAAUUUUUAUAUUUGUUUCAACUAGAUUACGUAAUAGUCAAUUAUGGAUUCUGACAACAUAAUAAACAAGGAUGAGGCAGAACCGACAUCUGUUGACCAUAACUUAAAGCAUAAAAAUAUAAGGAAGAUAGCAUUUCAGUUUUAUGCAUUUGCACUGGGAUGUCUACUUUGUCAAGGAACAACCAUGUCCGUAAGCAGUCUGCAAAGCAGCAUUAAUAUCCAACAAAGCAUAGGUACUAAAACUCUUGGAUCUUCAAAAUUAGCUUCCGUAUUAGCUGGACUAUUUUGCACACCACUGUUAAUACGCAAACUCGGGUACAAAUGGGCAUUAGUUCUCGGAGAAGCUAUUGCGAUCAUCUUCGUCGCAGCCAAUUUUUAUCCAGCGCCUUAUGUAAUGAUACCGGUAGGAAUUCUACACGGAAUCGGGAGUUCUCUGGUUUGGACAAUAUUGCCAAUAUAUAAUCUAAUAUUCGGACAACUUCAUGGUAGUUAUGGGCGGAAACAUUACGAUUAUUAUGGAAGAAAAUACACAUCACAAUUUUACGCUAUUCUGCGAAGUGGAAGGAUUUUUGCAAGUAUAAUUAGUUACGGCGUAUUAUACGGCACAAGACAAGAAUUGCCCAAAGAAAGUGCAACAAAGAACGGAACUGAUAGCAGCAUUGAAACAUUGCUGGGAGGAAAAUAUGAAAACUGUGGAGCGAAUGACUGUCAAGAUCCCAAUGUUACAAUCAGCACAUUAGAUAAAUACGUUCCACCGAACGCCCUUUCUAUAUAUCUUUUAAUGGGAACGUUUUGUGUGAUCAACGUUUUUGCCGUUGUCGUUCAUGCGAAAUUUUUGGUGAAUGUCAAGGUUACAGAUAAAAUACUGGUAUCCGACGGAAUGCCCACAAAGAAUGGAAACGAUGAUGUUGUUAAAAGUAAAAGUUCAGAGACCUUCUUAAAGACAUUGAAAGAUACUUUGAGGCAUGCAAAAACUUUGAAACAAAUAUUACUAUUUCCAUUUUUGUUGUACCUUGGUUUACACAUGGCGUUCAUAUUCUCGGAGAUGAACAGAGCAUUCGCCUCAUGCAUACUAGGAGUAGAAAUGGUCGGAUUGGUAUUAAUAGCUCACGACCUUUCUUAUAUACUUGCUUCUUUGGUAUCGGGAAAAAUUAUUGGUUUUCUUGGACGGAAUUUCACAAUAGCAUUUGCGAUGGCACUUGACAUUUCCAAUUACUUGUUUUGCAAAUUUUGGCAAGCAAAUGAAAACACAACAGGACUGGUUUACUUGGCAUUUGUGGGAUUUGGCGCUUCUGAUGCACUAUGGAAAAACUGCUCAGUAUCUAUAUAUUCCGACUAUUUCCGGAAGGAGCGGGAAAUUUCAUUCAGUGUUCGAAAUGUCUGCAUCACAAUUGGCGUCACAGUCGGCUAUUUGUGGAGUCCGUUACUCUGUGUUGGUGUUAAAAUUUACAUUCAAUUAAUAUUACUAAUUGUUUCCAUAUUGGCAUACGGUUUUGCCGAAUUUAUUUAUAAAAAAGAAAGAAUAACAAACAUAGAAUCUUCUGAUGACACGGGGAACGAGAAAACAAAAGACAUUUUAUGAUAAACAAUCAAUAAUCGUUGUUGUAAAAUUCAAGUUUUGUUUAUA